GUUUGGGUUUGGUUUAUUUAUGGGGAGUGGGUGGCACGAAGUGUGGCAAGUGGGUGGCACGAAGUGUGGCAAGUGGGUGGCACGAAGUGUAAGAACUCCAGUUUCGCUUGUAAGGAAAUUUGUUAAAAAUUUUGAUUUAAGAAAAAUGUGGGAUUUAAAAGUUUUUGCUUGUACGUGGAAUGUGGGUAAUUCUGAACCGAUCGAUGAAAAACAACUUCAGAAUUUGUUAGGAUGGCAGUCGGGGGUUCGGAGUGAUAUUUAUAUCAUCGGCUUGCAAGAAAUUUCAACAGGUCCGGUGGAGACCGCAAUAAGUUUUAUUAGUCAUGAUGUUUGGGCAAAAUCUUUUCUGGAUUUCUUUUCUAAACAAGAAUACUUUAUGGUUGAAAAUGUACGGUUGCAAGGGAUGUCACUAUGUGUGUUCGCUUCUAUCCAACAUUUGCCUUUCAUUCGGUUUGUGAAAGCUAGUUACGAGAGGACAGGAUUUAGUGGCAACUGGGGCAAUAAAGGCGGGGUCGCAAUCUCAUUUUGGUGUUACGGGGAGAAGAUAGCCGUUUUGAAUACUCAUUUGCACGCAAAUCUGGAAGUUUGUGAGAAAAGAAUUAUCGAUUUUGAAAAAAUCUUGAAAGGAAUUGAUUUUAAUGAAACAUGCGACAUUUUAAGUCAUGACGUCGUUCUAUGGAUUGGAGACACAAACUUUAGGAUUGAUGACGUCAGCAGAAGUGACGUCAUCAAGCUUGUGCAAGAGAAAAAAUAUAAAACAUUGUUAAAGAAAGACCAACUUAUCAAAAAUCAAAGAUCUCACAAUUUGUUGUCGCAAUUCAUUGAAGGAGAAAUCAAUUUCGCGCCAACAUACAAGUUUGAUCUCGGGACCGAUAUUUACGACACGAGCGUGAAACAACGGAAACCAGCGUGGACUGAUCGUGUCCUAUAUCGUGUUCAUCCGGAUAAAGUAACUUUGAGGAAGGGGAAGUCUGAGGAAAAGUUUGUUCAACAAAUCGUUGGUUCGUACGUGUCGCACAUGGAGAUGCAAACAAGCGACCAUAAACCAGUAACUUCAAUAUUUCGUUUCCAUUUCACCAAAGACGUUUCGCCGAUUGUAAACGUUCAAGUUGGUGAAAUAUCAAAAGAUUUUGUUGAAGUUGAAAUUACAUUCGAACCUGGGAUGUUCGUUGAUUUUCAUGAUUACGUCGCGUUGUACCCGGAAAACCUGGGUGACUUUCGUUCUUACAUAACCUGGGUUUACGUCCCAGGUUCGGACGCUGCCGAAAACUUUCGAAUUCGCCGCAAAGUUUCGGCCAAACUGCCGAUUCAGGGACCCAGUGUUGGGUACAGAGUUGGAUAUUACAGCGUGAAGUUUGGUAGCUUGGCAAAUAUUAGUCGCGUGUUUAAUAUCUAAUGUUGUUAUUUGUGGAUAUUAUGCAGUACCUGUGUUGAUAACUAUGUUGCAAUAUUCGUUGUAGAA